CCCACCUCACUCACUCACUCACCGUCCUCGCAAGGCUCAUCACCUCGUCUGCCUUUGUAGCCUUUGCUUUCUGCUGCUACAGAGUCGGGCAACAUGUCAUCGCCACACACCUCACACAGUGCGAUGCAAGACAAGGUCGCACCUACGCCUACGCCAGGCGUCUCUGGCUCAAACGGCACCGUUGGCCAGCCCGCACCCCCUCAGGCCAACGGAGCCGAGCCCGUCAAGCGCAGCACCACUACCGUCCGAAUUCGUCGCAGGCAUCGACCUAGCAGCUCCACAGACUCAUCGUCCGCUAGUCCCAUGCAGCGCCAACCCUCUGCAACGCUCAAUCGACCCCGUAGGAGCACUCAGGGAGUCUCUUACGCAGAGGGCAGCGAUGAUGAUGAUGAAAUCAUUUCGGCCCCUAAUCCCGCUGGCACAAGUGCAUCUGCUAUACAGAGGCAGCCAAUUGCGGCGAGCACCCAGCCUUCCAAUCUUGCUUCCGAUCAAGCACACUGGAACCACCACAUCGCCCCACCGGCGUCUCGAAACGUCUCAGGCACUUUUCCCAGCGCAAGUAACAGUCCAAUUGCCACUGGCAGCUCGAGCAGUACAAAAGCGAGCGACGGAAAUAGAUUAGCGGGCACAGGGAAAAGCGAGAUAUCCAAAGAGGCAAUGUUACAAUCCCAGCGCGAACUUCUCAAGGCGCAUCCUGAUACCAAAUGGUCAAAAGCAGACGGUGCUGGGUUGCAGCCAAUGUUCGAUAUCUCUUUAGUUGUCGAAGCAGCAAGAAAAGCUCAAGAUGCAAUGGAUGAGAAGAGAAACAGGGAAAAGGCCGAGGCUCGACAAGCCAGGGCAACUGGACAGGCGAAUCCAACAGUAGCUAUACCAGCGAGAUCAUCUUCGUCACUGCAGACGGCAUCACCAUCCUCCUCUGCAUUGCCGCAAUCCAAAAUACAUGCUCUUCCUUCGAGGCUACAAGAGCAUCAGCCACCCAGCAACCCCAUUUCCGCUGCAUCCUCACCGCUCAAAGGGGAUGCGAAUGCCUCAGCGUCACCUCAGAGAAAAGCGAGCGGGUCGUCUUUAUCCCCUUUGAAGAAGGUCCAGAGCAGUGAAAGCAGGGAUGUUCCCUCUGUCCCAUCACCGACAGUCAAAGCUGCAACGGCCGGUCCAGCUACAUCAGCUGGCGCUUCUGGAGGUCCCCCUACCGGGACGCAAGGCUCACCUGCGAAGGGGAGGCCGCGGAAACGGGUACCCAAAUUUGUCACAUCGCGGAGCUACGCUCCUAAUGUUGGCUUGCAAAAUGACGAUGCUAAUGCUCAGCCAGCGAAGGAGGGAGGCAUGAAGCGCAUGGAUCGCAAAUACAAAGCGGGCAGCGCCACCCCUGAUGCUCUUUCGGCAGCAGUCUCAGAUCCCCGCGCAGUCCUUACUGCACCGCCCGAUCCGAAUCGCCACCCUGCACGAAGGGCCCAUCAUGUCUCUCCCACAGAUCCUAUCCCACUUCAGACGGCCGAGGACAUGUCGUCGACGGCAUCAAAGGCUUUCAUUCCCAGCCAUGUCAGCUCCCCUCGCCAUCCGCCACCGCGAACUCGACCCCGUCUUUUCGAGCUCGACGAGGCACCAAUCUUCCGACCUACGUGGGAAGAAUUCGCCAAUCCGAUGAAGUACAUCGAAUGGGUCAGCUCUCCCGAUGGUGGCAAUGGUACCAAAUAUGGCAUUGUGAAAGUCAUACCUCCCGAAGGGUGGCAUAUGGACUGCGUACUAGAUCAGUCAAAGUUCCGUUUCAGGACAAGAGUUCAACAGCUCAACUCUCUCACCGCAGACGCCCGAGCCACACAGAACUACCAGGAGCAGCUCCAGAAGUUCCACUCCCAGCAAGGAAGUCCUCGUGUCUCCAUUCCUGUCAUCGAUCGCCGCCCGGUUGAUCUGUACCAAAUGAAGCUCGCUGUCAAAGCCGCUGGAGGCUACGACGUCGUUUGCAGGGGGCGACGAUGGGCAGAGCUCGCCAAGUCGCUCGGAUACGCAGACAAUCUCGCCGCUCAUAUUGCGCCACAGGUAAAGGCCGCAUACGCCAAGAUCAUUCUGCCCUUUGAGGUAUUCCUCGCUCGUGCGCGCGACCAGGCAAAAGGCACGAAUGGUUCACCAGGAGAUCAGCUCAGGCAGAGUACAGGCACGCCUGCUGCCGACGACGGCAAAAGUACUGCCGACCUCACAAAGGAGUUGCUUGCCGCUGGUAUGACCCCGGAAGAGGUAGCCCUGGCCCAAGCUGAUGCGGAGAGAGGCACCAAGAGACGCAGCUCUCGAAAGCGAGCCGACACGCAAACCUCUACCAAACGCGGAGCAAGUGGAAGAAGUCGUCGGCACACAAGACAGGAUUCGGACAUUGAUCCCGAUGAUCUCAUCACUGUCAAUGGCGCGGAGGAACAGAUGUGCGAAAUUUGCCUCCGCGGCGACAAUGGUAUGGCAAUGUUGCUCUGCGACGAGUGCAACCGCGGCUAUCACAUGUACUGUCUCGAUCCUCCGCUGGCGACGAUCCCGAAGUCGCAGUGGUUCUGCCCUCCUUGCUUGGUCGGCACUGGCAACGACUAUGGCUUUGACGACGGCGAGACUCACAGCUUGGACAGCUUCUGGAAGCGAAGCGAUGCGUUCCGCAGAAGCUGGUUCAAGGAGCAUCCUGGCGCCAUCUGGGACGGAAAGCAAGUCAGCAACGGUGCUCAGAUCGCUGAAGGUCAGCCAGACACUAAUGGGGACAUCGCCAUGGGAGGGACGCGAUCAAACGCUGCAUCCGUUGACAACGGUGUGUGCCGUACCAUCGCUGGUACGGACCUACGCGUCUCUGAAGACGAUGUUGAGCGCGAGUUUUGGCGUCUAGUCGAAAGCGCAGACGAGACUGUUGAGGUCGAGUACGGCGCAGAUGUUCACUCGACAACUCACGGGAGCGCUUCACCCACACUCGAGACACACCCGCUGAGCUCCUAUGCUCGCGAUGGCUGGAAUCUCAACAAUCUUCCCAUUCUGCCAAAUUCCUUACUCCGCUACAUCAAGUCAGACAUCUCAGGUAUGACAGUACCAUGGCUCUACGUCGGCAUGAUGUUCUCCACAUUCUGUUGGCACAAUGAGGACCACUACACGUACUCGAUCAACUACCAGCAUUGGGGAGAUACCAAGACCUGGUACGGCAUUCCUGGUGGAGACGCGAACAAGUUCGAAGAAGCUAUGCGACGGGUAGCUCCAGACUUGUUUGAGACCUCUCCUGACUUGCUCUUCCAGCUUGUGACCAUGAUGAGCCCUCAGAAGCUCAGCAAAGAGGGUGUGAAAGUCUAUGCUUGCGAUCAAAGGGCAAACGAGUUCGUGAUUACCUAUCCCAAGGCGUACCACUCUGGCUUCAAUCAUGGCUUCAAUCUCAAUGAAGCGGUCAACUUUGCACUGCCCGAUUGGAUCAAAUUCGACUUGGAAGCUGUCUUGCGAUAUCAGACCUUUGCUCGGGCACCUGUCUUCUCGCAUGAUGAGCUACUCAUCACUGCCUCGCAGCAUAACACUUCGCUCGAGACGUCAAUUUGGCUCCAGGAGCCUAUGAAGGAGAUGGUUGAACGUGAGCUCAGACUUCGCAAUGCUCUGCGUGACACCGUUUCGGGCCUUCAAGAAGUCGUCGAGGAGAGAGACCGUGCAGAAGAGGCUGAGUAUCAGUGCUCUCAUUGCAACUGCUUCUGCUACCUUGCGCAGAUCGUUUCUCCAGGCGUGACCGGCGUUGCCUGCCUUGAACACGGCUUUGACGUCUGCAAAGGCGAUAAUCCCAGGCAAUGGACUUUGCGGAUGCGCUUCUCGGACGAGCAGCUUCAGGGAUCGCUUGAGAAGAUUAGCGAUCGAGCUGAGCACCCUGCUCAGUGGCAGAAACGCUUCCGCAAGCUUCUCCUUACCCACGCUCGACCUUCCCUCCGCACUUUACGCAGCAUGUUGCAAGAGGGCGAGCGGCUCGGAACUCAGGUACCAGAGGUGGAGCAGCUCAGGGAAUUCGUUGCGAUUGCAAAUGAUUGGGUGCAAGACGCCACAAAGCUGAUGCCAAAGCGCUACGGCGGACGUCCAACAAGCAACGUUGGACGCAAACGUCGAUCUGGAGUCACUAGCCUGAGUCCCACUCCGCGGCAAGACACAGCCGGCGUUGAUGAUAGCGCUCGUACAGAGCUGCCAAGCGUAGAAGAUCUCACACAACUUCUAGCUGAGGCCGACAGCAUGCCGUUUGAUGCUCCGGAGAUUCAAGCGUUGCGCGAGGCGGUAGUGAUGGUUCAGACCACCCAGUCCAACUGUGGUGCGAUGUUGAAGCGCAUUGAAGAUGGCGGAGAACCCUCUCUGGCAGAGUGCGAGAACGUUCUCGUAAGCUGCGAAGGCCUCAGCGUGGAUGUCGAGCAGUACAAUGUCCUAAAGCAGUAUUCGCUCAGGCGCAAGUGGAUUGAGGAGCUUGAUGGCAUCUGGGACAAUCACAUCAACUACCAGGAAGUGCAAGAGUUCCUCAAGGAGUUCGCCAGCACUGGCCUACCUACCAGUCAUCACUAUUAUUCUGGCUUGCAAGAGCGACUGGCCAAGGGUGACGAAUGGAAGAAGGAAGCGGAAGCCGUCUUGUCCGGAGACAGCGAGCGCACACUUGAGCGACUGGAGCGACUGACCUCUACGGAGGAUUCAGUCCCGGUCGUGCCGGAAAUGCAUGUCGAGCUCGAGGACCUUCUAAAGGCUGGCAAGGACUGUCUGAAGGCAAUCACUUCGGUACUGCAAACAACUGCUAGUCGGCAAGGCAAGGAGGCUGAGCUGAGUGACGCUCGCAAGGUUCUUCGUGCCGUUCACAAUCACAAGCUCGACAUUGAUCAGGCUACUCAGCUGCAGCGCGAUGUCGAUCUUCACGACGAAUGGCGUUCGGACAUGCGCGAAGCCGUGGUGACUGUGUUCCAAGAAAGUGAUGAAGUUCUCUCUGGUAGACAGAUCCAGGAGGCAGUCAAUGACUUUGUUCGUCGAGCGUCACAGGGUGCAUCUUUGGCAGUGGGUCAGCUGCAGAGCAGCGCCACUCAGACUGCUCCCGUGACGAAGGACCUAUGCUUCUGUGGUAUCGCGGUUGUACCUGGGAAUAAGCAUGCUGGACGACUUCUCCAGUGUCAACAGUGCAGGAUCCACUUCCACGACCGCUGUGCUAGACCUGUCAACCCAGACGAGAAGGACGACGGCGACGAAGACGUCAGGAGCUACCGAACGCCUCUGUCAGCCAACGCUCAGGCUAAGUGGAAGUGUGCUCUCUGUCGGCCCUCGGGUCUUCCGCGCUUCCUGCGCUCUCGCCAUGCAACGAUCUUGAAGUUCCUGGCCGAUCUGUACCAGUCCAAGUACCGCUCUUCAAAGAUGCGCUUCUUGCCAUCCGAGUUCGAGCGCCUUGAAGGUGCUUUGGAGAAGGCAAAGGAGCAUUACGAGGCCGUCAGGACCCUUCUGGACGAUAUUCUGUUUAAGAAAGAGGAUCCUCAGGGUCAUCGCGAGGUUCUGCAUGGACUUUGCAUCAGUCCGGUCGACUUCGACGCUGGCUCAGGAGUCUCGCCUAUCAAUCGAUGUGUACUUGCGCUCUUCGCAGCUGCUGGCCUCGACAGCUCUGGCAAGCCGAUACGGGGAAGACCUAUGCCUGCUGCACCUAGCUCGCGUUCCAUCUCAGGUGCUCCUACAGCAACCCCUGCCGGCGUCGCCGACUCAAGCUUUGUUGAUCAGAGUGGUGACGUGAGCAUGCUCGAUGCAAUGCAAGGUGACGAAGGCGGACUUGGUCUGGUAUCGGGCAGUGAAGGGCCAGGCAGCAACAAUCAGACAGCGGCCCCGAGCGGUGCAGACAUGAAACGCAAGCGCGGCAAACGAGCCAAGUUUGUGUUCCGCGAGGAAGUGGGCAUCUGGGUACCUGUGCAAGGUGAGCGGAUCUACUGCCUCUGUCAUCGCAAAGAGACUGGCGACAUGAUCUGCUGCGACCGCUGCAUGCUAUGGUUCCACAAUGCCUGUGUACACAUCCCAUCCAACUUCGAGGAGCACAAGUGGCACUGCCCCAUGUGUUGCACAAAGACGGAGAAGAAGUACCCACACGCCGAGGUCAAGGUCAGGGAGAUGGGCGUUACCGAUCCAGACAAAUGGCUGGACGUGCGAGCGUCUCUACGUUCUACUCAAAGGCCCAUCAGCAAGAUCCAGAGCUGGAACGUCCCACCUGAGAAGAGAAUUGUCCUUCACCUGGACAGCUUUUAUCCUGCCAUCCAUGCCGAACCAAGUGGUCCAGAGCAGGCCAAGCGAAUUCGCGUUGAUGAUGGAUAUGUGGCCGCUGCGCCGAUUCCCCAAGCUGGUCCGAGCGCUAUGCCUGCAGACAUGGCAGUCAGAAACGUCCCUCGACUUGGCGCAAAGGACAGUCCCAUUGUACUCGGCGAGGAUGACGAUGAUGCUGCAGACCGCUCAGUAUCUUCUGCUUCGAUGAAGAAGGCCUCUGUUGUUGCUCGUCCUACAGCGCAGGUCCCUGGCGGCUAUGCCGAGCACACAUCGCCCCCUCGCCUGCAUCAAUCUCCUGCUUCUCAUCAGCAAGCUCGAUCUACUUCUUCGCAGCCAGUCCACUCGAGCCCUCAUCAGCCAGGUCAUCCUGCCACGAUGCCGCAACCUCACGCCGGAUCCAAGCAACAAGGCCGAAUUGGGGCGGCGACUGCUCGCAUGCAUGCUGCAGAGACGGACGAAGAGAGGUAUCAAGCGGGAAUGGCUAAUCUCCGCGCUCGUGGAGUCAGUGAUGCGAUGAUCAAUCGAUACGCCGUCGGCUGGAACGGACACACUUUGGUCUUCCCAAGGUAUGAUCCAGACAAUCCCGCUGCCGAGCUCGACCUUGGGCCAACGAUUCAAUUGGCGCCAAAUGAUCCUGACGGCUCUAUCCUGAUCAGAAGUGCCAAGGCAAGACAACUUCAGCAAGACCUCGCUGCUGGUAUCCUCCGACCUCCCGGCAUGGGCUUCGGCCACCCACCUCCAGUGCAUCGAGGAGGCCCAGGACCUGUUGCACCACCUCCGGGAAGGCAGCCAUACGCUCAGCCUACCUGGGCCACAAGGCACGCUCCUUCGACUUACGGCAGCAUGCACAAGACGCAUCGAUCACCCGAUCCGUGGCAUGAACCAUACUUUGGCUAUACCUCGCCAUCUCCCGCGAUGCGUCUAUCAGAUCCCAGUCUGCCUCCUCCGCCGCCGAUGAGCGACCCUAGGUCGCCCGCUCCAUCGAGUCUGCCAUCAGGAUCGCCUGCCUCGUCCCACAAGCGGGCCCGCCCAUCUGAUGGCGGCCAUCCGCAUCAGUCACCCCGCACUUCGCAUCCACUUCAUGCACCUAUUCCUCCUCGAGCUGGCCCGCCCCCUGGCUAUGACGAGGGCUAUCACGAGCCCUACCCGCCUCAACCAAUGCAUCCGAGGAUCCCAUCGGAAGGUCCGCAAGCGCCUCGCAGUCCGGCUGUGGCAGUCAGUCAGCCUGCUCCUGUCCCUCGACCGACAGCUCGUCCUGCUCCUCCUCCACCGAGUGCAGAAAUCCGUCCUCCCCAUGCUCAGACCGUACAGUCUCGACCUUCGAUCCCAAGCCCUGCCGUAGCUGCUGUGCCGAAACAAGAAGGGACCGUUGUCCCUGCCACCAAGAGCGUCCCCGCUGCUGCUGCUGCUCCUCCUCCUCCUCCUCCUCCUCCUCCUCCUCCUGUGCCUUCGGCUCAGAGGACGCCUAGUGUCCCGCCGCCGCCGCCAGCAGUCCCGACACCGGCACCGGCACCGGCACCAGCACCAGCACCGGCGCAAGCGCCAGCGGCAGUCGUGGCUGCAGCAGGCUCCUCUGCCUCGCCCACACCACCCGUGUUGCCCCCCGGUAUCGCUGCCGAGGCGAGCGGUGAUGCCCGAGAGGUGUACCGACAGAUGGCCAAGCGUAUGAAGCCCGAUGCGGAUGAGGCUGAGCUGGAGAAGAUGGUGGAUCGCAUUCUUGCGCAAUGAGCUUCGGUCCCUCGUGGUGUAUGUUGGUUGAGGAUUUACAGAUUGGAGCUGGAAUGUUUCUCGCGGGACUUUGUGACGCUUGUUCGCAAUUUUUCUCAUACCACACCUUGCGCUUGCGCCCACUUUUACAAUACGUAUACCGCUUCCAUUUCUUUCUCAUUGGCCCCUGAUCUCCAUCUUCACUCAUGAUGACUUCUGGCGUGUAAAAUUGUGUGCAAAGAGGAAA